AUGGCCAGCUCGGCACUGCAGCUGCUCGGUUUCUUCCUGUCACUGAUUGGAGUGGUCGCCACAGUGACCGCCACCAUCAUGGUGGAGUGGAAGAUGCACGGCCAUUCUCAUCGCAUCUACGAGGGCCUGUGGAUGACCUGCAGCGUAGGCCACAGGACCACCUGUGAAUUUCACGACUCUCUCCUCAAACUGUCAAAUCAGGUCCAGAUAACCAGGGGAAUCCUGCUGUUGAGUUUGUUCCUGUCAGCCGUGGCGUUGAUGGUCUCCACUAUCGGAAUGAAGUGCACCCGCUUUAUGGACGGCAGGACCAGGGCAAAGGGUGUCGUGGCUCGGAUUGGAGGCAUUAUGCUGAUGGCUGCAGGUUUAAUGACAUUCAUCAUAACGUCCUUGUAUGUCAAGAAGGUCGUCGCCGACUUCCAUCAUUCUCAUCAUCUCCACACCUUUGAGUUUGGUAAAGCGGUGUUUGUGAGCUGGUCCGGCGGCUUCCUCACGACGUUUGGCGGAGCAUUCCUGACCUGUCAGAGGUGCUCAAGAUCAUCGUCGUCCAGGUCUAUAAGCUCUAACGGCCUCCUGCAAAACCACAAGUCCAACAGUAACUAUGUUUAGUCACCAGGAAUGAUCCGUGAUAAUAGUCGUCAUGACUACUGAUAAAUUGCCAUUAGUCAUUCAUUAGGCCUACAUCGUGCUAAAAUGACUCAUAUCUACUUUGCACCGUUUGCUUGUUUUUUGUUGUUGUUUUUCACAUUUACAUUGGAACCUCCAAAGUUGAACGAGCUGCAUUUUCAUUUCAACGUACCUGUUUUAACAUAUCCUUCAAAUGUCAAACUGCCAUCAUGUGGAAUUUCAGAGACUACACUUAGUGGGCUUUGGGGGGGUUUCGCGCUUUUUUGUAGGAUUGUGGGUUUAAAUUUUUUUUUUUUUUUUUUAAUGACAAAGGUGGUAUCGGUGAGAAUGAGAAGGGAAAGGACCAUGACAAUCAUAUAAACCAGUCCAGCUGUUGCCAAAUUCUGACUAAUUUUACUUUUAGUUUUAUUAUAGUGGUGAACUUAUCAUCACAAUUUCAAUUGUUCGAUAAUACGUCACCAAUAUAGUUAAUAAAGGAUUUAUGAAUUUAUUGACUUUACAUUAUUUCCUAUGGGAAUUAUUAUUUUGAAAUUAAAACACAACCGGCCUCAUAGAACAGAUUACAUUCAACUUUGAAGGUUCUUCUGAGUACUCUGAAUACUUAAAUGAACAAACAACUCACUCAGAUUUUUUUGUUUAAUUUGUUUUUAUUGUGAUAUAGCACUAUAGACAUAUUUGUGUACAGUAUUUUAUAAGUAAAAUAAAAUUGUGUUUUUAUUUUUUGCUUGA